UAUUUUGGGGCUCUUUGGACUUAUUUACUAAUUUGUAUAGUAGUGAUACCAAAGGAAGUGCGAUAAAAUUGUGUGGUUGCAUUUUUUUUUGGCAUGCUCAAUGCUGAACACAUAUAAAGGUUGUCGGCAUACCAAUUUAAUUACAUUUAAUUCGAAGAUACACACGCACAUAAUUCCAUAUUUGUUCAUAUACAUAGAAAUAAUGAAGGUAUUACUUCUAUUCUUGAUAUGUUUUGUAGCCAGCGUCAAAAUGGACGUUGAAGUGACGUCCAACGUUGAUUGCUUGCUGGAUAAAGACUGCAAAGAAAACAGUUUUUGUUUUGACAGAAACAUUAACAAAAAGGGGAAGUGCAAAUGCAAUCGAGAUUUCUUUCUUAUCAAUCCGCGAAAUUAUAAAUGUGUCCAAGCUGCCAGUACGUUAAGAAUUCCGGGUACUUGUGAACAGUCAGAACAGUGUACAAAAAGGUUUGUAAAUAGUGAAUGCAAGAACAAACAGUGCGUUUGCCUCACCGAUUUCCACGAUUCCGGGAACCGCUGUAUCCAGAGCAAGCAUCUUGGUGAUGAUUGUAUCAGUGAUGAUGAAUGCGUGGAUGCUACAAUUUGCACAAACGGAAAAUGCGGGAAAAAAGAUGCAAACAAAAUAGAUGACCAACGUAAUAUCAAUAUUUUUCUGUUAUUAAUAAGCUCUACAGAUAUUGAGUUACUACGUAAAACAUUUAAAAUUUGAAUGCAAUAUUAUAAUAUCCGUUUUUUUAAAUGCAUUCAGUUAAUCGACGUCCAGAAAUGCUGCAAUGAAUAAUGACCAAUGAAAUCAAUAAAUGUAUG